AUGUACGGUAAGUCUAGAUUGAUCAAGGAUCUAGCUUCUCAUCACGUUUACCUGAGUUAUAUGUGCUUACGCAAAAACGACAAUUCUGGCUAUCCCGGGCCUCGUUUUAGUUACAGCAUUGAUAGCGGCACGACGCAAGGAUAUUUGUACUCUGAGGAUGAAGGCUUUUUUGCUGAACACGUCUUGCUAUUCCUUAUUUGCACCCUUCAAGUGAUCACCAGAGGGCUCGAAUGCAACGAUGAUAACUAUAUGAAGGUCGAGGAAUUUUGGGAUUUCCAGGAAAGGUCAUCAGCCUUCUAUCAAACUGUUGAGAUGUGUUUUGGAGACAAGCAAGAUUCGAAAAGUGGUAUAUGGCAGACCAUCACAUCGAAAGGGGCGGUAAUUAUUACACAAGAUACUUUGUGUCUAUCUCAAAAAGUACAACAGCUACUCCGAAGCGAAUGGGACAAAUACUGCUCAGCAUUGAAAAAGAGUAAGGACAUGAAUAUAGAAAACUACUUUGUUCUCGCCAUAGAUGAAGCGGAAAUUCUGAAUUUGAAAAAUAGCCAAAAAAUCAUGAGUUUCUCACAUUUUCAGGUUUUCAAAAGGGUGGCACAUUGCCUUGUGGCUAAUAACCUAUGGAAAGGGUUUGCUAUAGUUCUUGCGAGUAGGUCCGGCCUUCGUGAUUAUGAUGUUUCCUUGAGUGAUUCCGGAUUAAUCGACGUUGUUACCUGGUACGACCUAGAUACCUUCGACUAUCACGUACGAUGGGGUGAAAGACCGCUUACAUUAGACUUCGCCGAGAUCGGAACUUUGAGAUUCUAUGCCAAGUUUGGUAGGCCCAUUUGGAAGCUGUAUAUCGAUAGUAAGCUCGAGAACAAACUGCUAGCGGACGCCAGUGCUAAACUCAGGGGAAGACACGCUGAUGGGCUAUCAAAGCAUCAUACCCUUUUCGUAAUAUACGCUCCGGUCAUGAAUCUCGAUUUUUGUACAGCGGAAAACUUGGUAGAAUCAAGAAUGGCUACAGUCCUAAGUGUGUCUUAUCAACGUGAUAUUCUCAAGGUAGGAUAUCUAAGUGAGCCAAUUCUGGUCAUGGCAGCCCAUAGGCUCUUGCAAGAGGAAAAUGACCUUGAUCUUAUCUCACUCCUCCUUAGGGAAAAUGUUAUGUCUCCUGGGGAAGCUAGUGAGCUUAUCGCGAGAUGGAUGUUGCUUGAUGUUCUGAAAAGCGUAGGUUUGCGCAAUGGCUUACAGAGCAAUUACUGUCGUGUUCGGGAUCUUUUCAAUGGUCUUGAGAAAAAAUAUCUCGUCACCUGUAAUUGGGAACAUCCAAAUCAACAUCAGUUAUUUAACGAAAGGAUUCACAUCAACCACUGGAUGACUCUUGAAUCUGAGUGUACGAUUCAGAUGUUGGCGCUCGGAUUCUUGAGAGGCUGUGGAUUUUGCUUCGAAAGAAGAGACAGAGAUUUUGAUCUCAUUAUUCCCAUAUAUUUGGAAAGCAGAAAUGUUGACCUUACGAACAUCAGAUUCUUCGAACGGGGUGAGGAUAGUAAAUGGGGGUUAGCAGAGUUGGAUUCAGUAUCCCAAGCAUUUAGUGUUAUCCUCAUUCACGUCACUAACACCGAAAAUUCGCAUGAGGGUCAUAACACCGCCAUUCAUGAUAGAAUGGUAGACGCAGAGCAGUUGAUCUUCGGCAGAUACAAGCCAUUUAUCAGUUUGCAUAUGAAGUUGGGAGCGGAGCCACCUACCGGUUAUGAUCAGACACCCACGUAUAUUGAGAAUGUCUUCGCAAAUCAAGAGGAUUCGGCUGAUAUAUAUUUGCAUGAAAGGGAGGCUGCGUCAGCUCAGGGCUUUAAUCUUGCCUAUGACCUUCGUGUCACAGGAAACAAAACUUCGAACAGCGACUUCAUUGAUAGAUUACAACAAGUUGUCCAUUUGGCUGAAGAAGAUAGCGAGGAUCCUUCAGGGAAUGUCACGUUGCAGAAGUAUUCUAGAGGUGCUUAUCUCAAACAGAUGGAAGUGAUUGAAGAAGCUCGUAAAAGAAAACACCAUCAAAGAGGAGCUAAAGAAUCAUCCGGUAAUGUAGAAUUACUAGAGAAUGAAAGGGCUCUUAAUCUACUUGCAGAUGAUGAGGUUGGCGGUGAACGGGAAAACGUUGAGGGUCAUGAUGUUUGUCUACAACAGCAAGAUGUUAUUGAUGACCAGCGGCAUGAGGCACAAGUAUUGGAAGUUCUAUCUGUUGAAAGGCAAUUGCACCCUAGGCCCGCAAACGAACUGUCGGAUAAGUUCAGUUCUCCGGAUGAAUCAGGUGUAUCAUCGGUACCCGAGAACUCAGGAAGCAAAGGACCGACAGACGGUGGAAACCCGCUUGAGCGAAGGGCAACUCCAGUAAAACGUCGUAGAAGACGUUGA